UACCAGGCCAAACCCCCAUAUUAACACGUAUCAUAGGAUCCACUCUCUAUAAAUAGUAGUACACUCUACUUCUAUGCUUUCUACCUCAACUCCUCUUCUAAAUCUUUAAUUUCCUGUUUCUCUUCCUCUAUUGUCGGAUUGAAUUUUUUCGUGAUUGGAUCUGGAUUGAAGUUUAAUGGCGCGGAAUGUAGAAAAAAUGGCGUCCAUUGACGCACAACUGAGACUUUUGGUUCCUGCAAAGGUUUCCGAGGAUGAUAAGUUGAUCGAGUAUGAUGCUCUUCUGUUGGAUCGAUUCCUUGACAUUCUCCAGGAUUUACAUGGGGAAGAUCUUCGUGAAACUGUACAAGAAUUGUAUGAGCUUUCAGCUGAAUAUGAAGGGAAAAGGGAUCCCAAGAAGCUUGAGGAGCUUGGAAAUGUGCUCACAAGCUUGGAUCCUGGUGACUCCAUUGUUGUUGCAAAGUCAUUUUCUCAUAUGCUUAACUUAGCCAAUUUGGCUGAGGAAGUUCAGAUUGCUUAUCGUCGUCGAAUCAAGAAACUGAAGAAGGGUGAUUUUGUUGAUGAGAAUUCAGCAACUACUGAGUCUGAUAUUGAGGAGACUUUUAAGAAACUUGUAGGGGAUCUUGGAAAAUCUCCUCAAGAAGUUUUUGAUGCCCUUAAGAAUCAAACUGUUGAUCUUGUCUUCACUGCUCAUCCUACCCAAUCUGUUCGUAGAUCCUUGCUUCAAAAGCAUGGAAGGAUAAGGAACUGUUUAGCACAACUGUAUGCAAAGGACAUUACUCCUGAUGAUAAGCAAGAGCUUGAUGAAGCUUUACAAAGAGAGAUCCAAGCUGCAUUUCGUACCGAUGAAAUUCGAAGGACACAACCGACUCCUCAAGAUGAGAUGAGGGCUGGAAUGAGUUACUUCCAUGAAACAAUUUGGAAGGGAGUUCCCAAGUUUUUGCGUCGUGUUGAUACUGCUUUGAAGAACAUAGGCAUUAAUGAACGUGUUCCCUACAAUGCUCCUCUUAUCCAAUUUUCCUCUUGGAUGGGUGGUGAUCGAGAUGGUAAUCCACGAGUUACACCGGAAGUCACUAGGGAUGUAUGCUUGUUAGCAAGAAUGAUGGCGGCUAACCUAUACUUCUCUCAAAUAGAGGAUCUCAUGUUCGAGUUGUCUAUGUUCCGUUGCAGUGAUGAACUCCGAAGUCGUGCUAACGAUCUCCAUGGCUCCUCUAGAAGGGAUGCCAAACAUUAUAUAGAAUUUUGGAAAUAUAUUCCCCCGAAUGAACCAUAUCGUGUAAUCCUCGGUGAUGUGAGAGAUAAAUUGUAUAACACCCGUGAGCGUUCUCGCCAGCUGCUAUCUCAUGGUACUUCAGAUAUACCAGAAGAUACAACGUACACUAAUGUCGAGCAGUUUUUGGAGCCUCUUGAGCUUUGCUACCGAUCUCUCUGUGCCUGUGGUGACAGGCCAAUUGCUGACGGAAGCCUCCUUGAUUUCUUGAGACAAGUUUCCACUUUUGGUUUAUCACUUGUCAGACUUGAUAUUCGUCAAGAGUCGGACCGUCAUACCGAUGUCAUGGAUGCCAUCACCCAGCACUUGGAAAUCGGUUCUUACAAGGAGUGGUCAGAAGAGAAGCGUCAAGAAUGGCUUCUGUCAGAAUUAAGUGGAAAACGUCCAUUGUUUGGCCCCGAUCUUCCCAAAACUGAAGAAAUUGCUGAUGUUUUGGAUACUUUUCAUGUCAUUUCAGAGCUUCCGUAUGACUGUUUUGGAGCGUAUAUCAUUUCGAUGGCUACAGCUCCGUCUGAUGUGCUUGCAGUUGAACUUCUUCAACGUGAAUGCCAUGUGAAGCAGCCGUUGCGGGUUGUGCCUUUGUUUGAGAAGCUUGCUGACCUCGAGGCUGCUCCAGCUGCUGUGGCUCGGUUAUUCUCGAUCGAAUGGUAUAGAAACCGAAUUAAUGGAAAGCAAGAAGUUAUGAUCGGAUAUUCAGAUUCAGGGAAGGAUGCUGGACGUCUCUCCGCUGCAUGGGCUUUGUACAAAGCACAAGAGGAGCUUGUGAAGGUAGCAAAGGAAUAUGGUGUAAAGCUUACUAUGUUCCAUGGUCGUGGUGGUACUGUCGGAAGGGGAGGUGGUCCCACCCAUCUUGCUAUUUUGUCUCAACCUCCCGACACAAUUCACGGGUCGCUCCGUGUUACAGUGCAAGGAGAAGUUAUUGAGCAAUCUUUCGGUGAGGAGCACUUGUGCUUUAGAACCCUUCAACGUUUCACUGCAGCCACUCUCGAACAUGGUAUGCAUCCUCCGAUUCCCCCAAAGCCCGAAUGGCGUGCUCUUUUGGAUAAGAUGGCCGUUGUAGCCACUGAGAAGUACCGCUCCAUCGUUUUUAAGGAACCCCGUUUUGUGGAGUAUUUCCGCCUGGCCACGCCAGAGACGGCAUUGGGUAGCAUGAACAUUGGAAGUCGCCCUUCGAAAAGAAAGCCAAGUGGUGGUAUCGAAUCACUCCGAGCCAUCCCAUGGAUCUUUGCUUGGACCCAAACAAGGUUUCAUCUUCCAGUGUGGCUAGGAUUUGGAGCUGCAUUCAAACACGCAAUCCAGAGCGACAAAAAUAAUCUGAACAUGCUUGAACAGAUGUACAAUCAGUGGCCCUUCUUUAGGGUGACUAUUGAUUUAGUCGAGAUGGUUUUCGCCAAGGGAGAUCCCGGUAUUGCUGCUCUAUAUGAUAAGCUACUUGUUUCCGAGGAAUUGCAGCCUUUUGGAGACCGAUUGAGGCAAGAUUACGAAGAUACAAAGAAACUUUUGCUCCAGAUCGCUGGACACAGAGAAAUUCUUCAGGGUGAUCCUCACUUGAGGCAAAGACUCCGACUUCGUGAUCCUUACAUCACAAUUAUGAACGUAUGCCAAGCCUACACGCUAAAACGUAUUCGAGACCCUAACUAUCACGUUCAGUUGAGACCUCACAUCUCGAAGGAUUAUAUCGAUUCUACCAGCAAGCCUGCCGCUGAGCUAGUCAAAUUGAACCCGUCAAGCGAAUAUGCUCCCGGUCUUGAAGACACCCUCAUUCUCACAAUGAAGGGUAUUGCAGCCGGAAUGCAGAAUACCGGUUAAUUCAAAACACCGCUCGAUAUUUCUAAUUUUGCAUCCGUUAGAGUUUGUCUUCUUUGUGUUUCGAUCUUGGCCGGGUUUUUAUUCAUGCUCGAGCUUGACUGUCUCCUUGACUGAUUUUGUUCAUGGAGCAUAUUUUCUGGACUGAUUUCUUACUGUUGUAUUAUUGUCAAACUAUAAGUUUCUUGUAAUCUUUGCAGUGAUCACUGAUCAGUAACUGUAUUCUGAAAUAACGGGAUUUAUAAUAAUUUAAUAAAAUUGCAUUUUGUUCA